GAUUAUUGCUAGAUAUGUUGGCCUACCGGCUACUUCUUUUUCUCUCCUUCUCUUAUCCUUGCUUUCUCAUUCGAUAUAAUUUUAAACUUGGAUUAAGUUUUCCAUCAAGUCAGGAUAGAAAUAAUCGGUUUUCGGCCGAAGCUACAUCGGGGGCAGUUUCAAUCGCUAUUCAAGAAUGUAAAGAUAGAGAUUUCUUGAGAGAUAUUAAUUUAAGUAUUGUUUGGAAAGUUAGCAAAAAAGUUUGCGAUAGAUUCGAAGGAUCUGCAAGUAUUUAUAAACUAAUAGACGAUGAGAAUGUUGAUGUGGUAAUUGAAUCAGCCUGUUCUUGGGUCACUUUGUCUGCCGCUACUUAUUCGAGCUAUAAAAAUACAAUGCUUUAUGCCGUGUCAUCAAUUGAUCCUGAACUAUCAAAUAAAAAAAUUUAUAAUACUCUUGUCAGACCGGGUGUACCCAAUUACAGUACAAUGGGUUCGUUAAUUAUGAGUUUUCUGGACUAUUUUAAAUGGAAAACUGUGGCAAUUAUGUCAGUUGAUUAUGAUUAUUGCGGUUUAGGUCUAAGAUCUCUCGUUGAAAUGUUUAAAUCAAGGCAUCUUAAUCUUGUCGAUAAUAUUCAUAUCGGUGAAACCGAUGGAAAAGUUGAAAUUGAUAAUUAUUUGGAAAGAUUAUCCACAAGAACUAGAAUUAUAAUCCUAUGCGCAUCCGAAGAACAAAUAAGAACUAUUUUAACUAUUGCUUAUGAGAAAGAAAUGAAGUCUGAGGAAUACGUUUUUCUAUAUUACCAUAAGAUUCCUACAAACUUUACUUUUAGACCAUGGAGAAGCGAUGAAGAAAUGGACUUGUAUAGACCUCUUAUUCAAAUAACAGUAAGCUCAUUGGUUGGGGAGAAAGUUGAUAAUUUUAUAAAACAAGUUCAAAUUGAAAGUGCUAAUGCGCCAUUUUAUCAAGAUUUGUUUUUAAGGAAUAAUUGGCUACCAUCAUCCUUUAGUGUAUUUACAUACGAGACUACUAUACUUGUUUGUAGUAUACUAAACGAAACUGCAACAUUCAAUUACAGUAUUAGAGAUGUUUCCCAUGUUAUGAAUCGUUCAAAAAGUCAAAUUGUUCAAGGUCGAUUCGGUAGGAUACAAUUGGAUAAUAAUGCUGAUCGUUUACCAGAUUAUUGGGUUUGGCACUUUGACCAGGAAAAUAGAGCUUACUCUCAUUGGAUGGACAUUGAGUUUACUGGAAACCAUGAAAAUUCUGUCAAAGUAUAUUUAGUGAAUGAUAGAAAUUGGGACGUUCCUAGUGAUAUGCCUGCAUGCGGAUUUCAAGGAGAAUUAUGCAGGAAAGAUGAUACUUCUGGUUCCUUAAUCUUACCAGUUGCUUUACCAUUAUUAUUGAAUGCAUCAAGCUCAUUUACCAAAUCCGGUCUAACUUCUGGUAGUGGAGAUACUGGAAAUACUAAAAUCACUAGUGAGCAACUUUUUACAAAAGUGGGAAUUUACAAAGGACGAACAGUAGCUAUUAAAGAAGCAAUUUUAAGAAGAUCGUUUAUGGAAGAGAAGAAAUUUCUGGCUAAUCUUCGAGAGAUGAAAUACAUGUCGCAUGAGAAUAUUAAUCAAUUCGUUGGCUUUUCUUUUAACAAUGAAAUUGAUCAUAUUAUUUGGUUGUACUGUUCGAAAGGAAGUCUACAAGAUGUAUUACAAAAUGAUUCAAUAUCACUUGAUAAUAUAUUCAAAAGAUCUUUAAUAGUAGAUUUAGCUAAUGGUCUUAAUUAUAUACAUUCAUCGGCGAUUGGCGUACACGGACAUUUAAGUACUGGACAUUGUUUAAUUGAUAGUAGAUGGAUUUUAAAAAUUAGUUCAUUUGGAAUGAACGAUUACAAAUAUUAUGAAUAUACAUCAAAAAACGAAGCGGAAGUGUACAAAAUAUUUAAAUGUUUAAUUUGGCUUGCACCCGAAAUUCUAAGAACAAACUUUUUUGCCGAUUCAAAAUUUUUAAUUCCUGGAGGAAAUCAAAAAUCAGAUAUUUAUAGCUUUUCUUUAAUUAUUUAUGAGAUUAUUACUAGAAAAUUACCAUUUCUCAAUGACGGCGUACAUCCAAGAGACGUUGUAAAUAGGGUGAAAAAUGGUGAACAUCAACCAUAUAGGCCUGUUACUGAUGAUUCCGAAGAAUUGAAUGAUCAAGAUAGAGCUUUCUUAAGAUUGGCUAAAGACUGUUGGAAAGAAAAUGUGAACGAAAGACCCCUGUUGUCAGCUUUACAAAAAGAUAUAAAAAGAAUAUGCAGGGGAAGGGCUAAUAAUAUAAUGGAUGUUAUGAUUCAUAAAUUAGAAACUUAUACUAAUAAUCUAGAAGAGAUUAUAUCGAAUAGAACAACUGAACUUAUGGAAGAGAAAAGGAAAACUGACCGUCUUUUGUAUAGAAUGUUACCUUCUACCGUUGCCGAAAAAUUGAAAACUGGCGCGGAAGUUGAAGCGGAACUUUAUGAAUCUGUUACGAUAUUCUUUUCGGAUGUUGUUGGUUUUACUGUACUUUGCUCUUUAAGUACUCCCAUGCAAGUUGUGUAUUUGUUAAAUGACUUGUACACGCUAUUCGACGAUAUUUUAGAAAAAUACGACGUCUACAAGAUAGAGACAAUUGGUGACGCUUAUAUGGUUGUAUCUGGUUUGCCAAAGAGGAAUGGUAAACGUCACGCAACAGAAAUAGCGGAUGUAGCUUUGCAUUUAUUAGAUUCAGUGAAAGAGUUUAAAAUCCGCCAUAGGCCAGAAGAGCAAUUAAAAUUAAGAAUAGGCAUUCAUACAGGACCUUGUGCAGCGGGAGUUGUAGGAAUGACAAUGCCAAGAUAUUGCCUUUUUGGAGAUACUGUAAACGUGGCAAGUAGAAUGGAGAGUAGUGGAGAAGCCCUAAAAAUACAACUAAGCCAAAAGAGCAAGGACACUCUUGAUGCUACAGAAGAAUCAAAAUAUUUAUUAUCAUAUCGGGGAAAAAUCAACGUAAAGGGGAAAGGAGAGGUAACUACUUACUGGCUUAAUGGAAAGAUGUAA